AUGCCGUGCCACGAGAAUGGCGGAUCUUGUCGGCCUGAUUUAUAUGUCGGGGUCGAUUUCGGUACCACCUUUACAGGAGUCUCUUAUAUGACACCAGGGGACGCAGCCGCCACCAUUAUUCGCACAUGGCCCGGGAAAAAGGGUGCCAAGGUCCCUUCGGUCCUAGCCAAGGACACGACCGGGAACAAUAUCAAAUGGGGGUUCCUCUGUCAUGAUCUGGAUGAGAGCAGCAAGUGGAGAUUCCUCAAACUGUGCCUGGACUGCGACCCAUCCCGGCUCGCCGACACUCCGUGGGCGCCGGCCGACUCCUCCGAGGCUUACAAGCUGGUGGAGGUGUAUCUUCGCCAGAUCUACCUCUAUCUUUCGGGACAUCUCGUCGAAAAGCUAAUGGAGGACAGGACGAACGGGGUGGGGAGCUGGAAUAAGAGCUGGGCGCACAUGAGAGUCGAGUUCACAUUUAGUGUCCCCGGUACAUGGAGCCCGCUUGCGGUUCAUCGUUUCGCGCGCGCCGCUCGCCGUGCUGGAUUUGGCCAAGAGAUUGACCACCAAAUGGGUCUAGGAUUGACGGAAUCCGUGGCAGCGGUGGUUGCGACUAGCGAGCUGAAUAUUCCUUUCGCCAACGGCGACGCUGUACUAUCUAUCGAUGCCGGCGGCGGAACAACCGAUCUUGCUUUCGUCACGCUCCAGUCAAUGAAGCCGAUGAUGAUGGAGCCAGUGCUCCCCGUGACGGCAAUCGGAGUAGGCUCUGUUCUAAUCGACAUGGGCUUCAAAAACGAUCUCGAGACUAGGCUUGCGGCCAAAGGGGUGCCUCUGGACACGGCCAGGAAGUGCGCCGCGAAAAUUUCCCAGGGGGAAGAGUUCCAAAGGUGGAAGUGUAAUCACGGUCAAGAAAACACCGCACCGGAUAAGUCGAUGGCUGGAACAAUUUUCAAUUCUGAGGCGCUCGACAACCAAGGUGUCCCGGCCGAUUACAACUUGAUAUUCGAAAAAAAACUACUCGAUGGGCUGUUUGACUGUCAAAUAAAGGAAAUCAAGGCUCACGUCAUCGCGGCGCUCGGCGAGUUCGAAAAGGCCAGAGGCAAACGUCUCAAGCACAUCGUCUUGUCUGGUGGCCUAGGCUCUUCUGACUACGUCUUCCAGAAACUGGACGAGUUCUUCACCUGGCAGAAAGGUCGAAGACCAUGUCUCGGCGAAGCCAAACUCUGGACAUGUAGCAAUCCUCAAACGGCCGUCAUCAGAGGUCUCCUCAUGAACAAGAGAAAUGAGACUUUUGGACCCAGAAUCACUCGAGCUAGUUAUGGAGUCGUUGCCCACCAGUGCCCGCUCGGGAAAUCCAAGAGCCGCCUCAAGGGCUCUCGGGACUCUCGUGGCAAAGCCGUCCCAGGACAAAUCCAAUGGGUUGUCAAGAAAGGCACCAUGAUCCGCCCGAACGACAGGUUUCGCCACAAAGUCACCAGGACUUUCACCAAGAGCGACCCGGAUGACUGGACCGAGACGAUUGUUUCCUCCACCUGCAGUCUGGAGUACCUGCCACAGACCACGCAAGAUGCGGGCGUGGAAGUGCUCUGCCAGGUCCAGGUUCCGAAGGGUGCUCCGACGGGAAUGAAGAAGGGUACGUGGCCCUUCGCCGGCCGGUACCAGACGUAUGAGUGCGAGUUGCAGAUUGUCGUGGGGGAUUCUGGCGAAUGCACCGUCGACGUCAUCUCCAGCCGUGGAGUCGAACUAUCCAAAGGUUCGACGACGAUUAAUGUAAGCCACAACCCUUGA